UUUGCGUAUCAAAAUACUGAUAUUUUUUUAACGUCUGUAAAGCAUGUUGACUGCAUAGCCGAGUGGUUAGUGUUGUGGACUGACGACCCGUUAGUCAUGGGUUCGAUUCUCGCUAACGCCACUCUUUUUUUUAAUUACUUUUUUUUUUUAAAUUAAAGAUAACUUCUUAUAAAUAUUAUUUAAUGAGAUUAAAUAUCUACAUCUAUUUUUAUAUUUUUUUACAGGAGCUGGAUGAUCUUCUGUCAAGUUUCGGUUUGUCACAUCAGUCAAACACGUGUAAUUCUGUAGCCAUCCGAAAUGAAAGUGAAAAUGAAGUUAUAGAGGCACCAGAUAUAUCCAUUGAGUCACGACUCGACAGAUAUUUUACAGCUAGUCUUGUUUUGGAUCCUGUUAAUGCAGACAAUCAAGGUAAUGCUGACACUUACCAAAAUAGUGAUGAUCCGCAGAGUGACAUUGACAAUCUGAAACACAUUUAUGACAGUGGCUUUAAAUGUACUAAAAACUGCUUCAGUAACUUAUCCUUUCCUCAGAUUGAAGCAAAUAUUCUUAAUCUAAGGGAAAUGACAAAAAAUGAGAAGGAAAUGCUAAUAAUGGGAACCCUUAAAAAGAUAAAUUCUGACAUAAGAUGUAAAGAAGAUCGCAAACGCUCCCGUUAUGAAUAUUAUUUUGAUGGAGUAAAAGUUUGCCAUGAAACCUUUCUGGUGGUCUUUGAUGUAAAAGACAGGCAACUGAGAAAUAUCAAACACCAUAUGGAAGAACACGGUGCUCAACCACGUGUUCACGGUCAUACAGGAAGACGUGCUCCAAAUGCAUUUCCUCCAGACGUUAUUAAAGAUGCAGUUAAGUAUAUACUGAGUUACGCAAACGAGGAGGGAUUGCCUCAGCCUGCAGCACUAAGGGGGAGGGAUGAUGAGGCCCCUAUAUAUUUACCGUCAUCUGAUACAAAACAUUCAGUGCACAGUGAUUACGUUACACGCUGUACGGAAGUUGGAAAGCGCUAUGUUGGUUUAUCGACAUUUAAAGAUAUAUGGAAUAAUUGUGUCCCUCAUAUAAAAAUAGCGUCGCCGAAAGAGGAUGUGUGUAAAGCCUGUGAGGACUGUAAACAGGAUAUUAAGCUUGCCCAGAGUGAAAACGACAAGAUAGAUGCAACAUUGAAAUACCAUCAACAUGUGCUGAAAGCUAGAAAGGAACGUGAUCUUUACGUGGAACUUGUAGAAAAAUCAAAAGCAAUGUUUGUAAACCGGGAACAACAGAACCAGGCUGCCGGUGAUAACUUUUCUACAAAUGACGUACAUUAUACAUUUGACUUCAGUCAGUAUGUUAAGUUACCACACCAUGCACAAGAAAAGGGACCCACAUUUUUCAUUCAGCCGAGAAAAGUGCAGAUAUUUGGUUUCCGAGCCGAUGGCUACAAACAGUACAUUUAUCUCAUAGAUGAGGACAAAACAAUUGGUAAUUAA